AUGGCAAAGCGUAAAAACAGCAUAAAACACAAGAGCGAGGAAAGCACGCCAGACCACGAAAGCAGCGACUCUCCGCAGCCACGCCGCCGCGUUUCCAAGCCAUCGAGUCGAGGCCGCUCUGAGAAGCCCAAAGCUGCCUCAAGGGCCUCGCUCUCCAGCAGCUCCAGAAAAAAAAGCAGACAAGAAGGCUCCUCAAGCACAAAAGAGGCAAUCCGUAAAACAAUGCGAAAAAAAGCGCUCAGAGUGCUUACCCGAAUAGUCAGCUUUCCAUACAUUCUGGUGCAGAAGGCCCUUAAGCUGAGAAACAAAAAGAAGCAGGAGAAGCGGAAAGAAAAGAUGCUUGAGCACGACACAACGUCUGAGGAAACAGGUCGGUGCGUCACGUUUUCCGACACAGUCACUGUCCACAUGUAUGCUGUGCGGGGCCAGAGCAAGCAGAAAAUAACACUCAAAAAGGCCACAAAGUCGCUUCCUCCGGUCUGCCUGGACAUGGCAAACAAAAUAAAGGGCUCUUCCAGAGAAACGCCGCUUUCCCGGAAAGUGCUGGAAACGCUUGAAAAAAGGGUGGAGGAGCUUGAGGAGGUGCGCAGGCUGUUAAAAACAAGCGGGAGCCUGCCCGAAAAAAGGCAAAAGAGCCGCAUUAUAAACAUACUAGGAAGCUACACGGCCUCUCCAGAAGAAGAGGAACGCUACAGCGAGGAGUCUGUGCACAGGCCCGAGAAAAAGCCAAAAAAGCAGGGUUUGAAGGCAAAAAAGGAGGCAGGCAGCAGGCCGUCAAAGAAAGCCAUAGAAAAAACCUAUUCAGAUGACGACCUCUCAUCUGCAGCCACGCGUGCAUACGAUACCAUGGUGCGAAAGGACAUGUCCUUCACGCCAUCAUAA